ACUGCAAAAAGAAUAUGAGACUGCGGCCGCCCUCACAUGCACAAGAACUGUAGAAAAAAAAAAUCUCCCCUUAUGAAGGGUUUCCCUUGAUGGACCACCCCCCUUGUGCCAAAGCAUUCGAGACCACUGGCAGACACAGCUGCCUAUCUGCAGGACAUGGCAAUAUGGCUGGAGAACCUGCAGAGAAGACCCAACUUGGAGAUUUAGAAGAGAAAGAGGAGAUGUCGAUGGACACAACAGAUGCCAAACCUGACCGCAAGGGAAGGUUUUUACUCUUUGGCAAGAAGAAUAAGGAUGGCCAGACGCGGGAGCAGGAGCACUCUUCGGAAAGCCAUUACAGAAUUGUCUCACCAACAUUCCAGUAUAAGAUGAGCCACGGGCGAGUGGGCAAGUGCAUCAUCAUCAACAACAAAAACUUUGAUGAAAAGACAGGAAUGAAUGUACGCAACGGGACGGACCGUGACGCCGGCGAGCUGUUCAAGUGCUUCAAGAGUCUGGGCUUCAACGUCUUCGUCUACAAUGAUCAGACCUGCGAGAAGAUGGAGCGUCUCCUCAGAGAGGCUUCAGAGGAAGACCACAGCGACAGCUCGUGUUUCGCCUGCAUCCUGCUGAGUCACGGCGAAGAGGGCAUGAUCUACGGCACGGACGGCGCCAUGCCCAUCAAGACCGUGACCUCGCUCUUCAGGGGGGACAUGUGCAAAAGUCUGGUGGGGAAGCCCAAGCUCUUCUUCAUCCAGGCCUGCCGGGGUUCCGAAUUCGAUGACGGCAUCCAGACGGAUUCGGGUCCGCCCAACGACACCCUGGAGACGGACGCCAAUCCCAGACAUAAGAUCCCCGUCGAGGCCGAUUUCCUCUUUGCCUACUCCACCGUGCCAGGCUACUACUCGUGGAGGAACCCCGGGCGCGGCUCCUGGUUCGUGCAGGCGCUGUGCAACGUCCUCAACGAGUUCGGCAAGCAGCUGGAGAUCAUGCAGAUCCUGACGCGCGUCAACUACAUGGUGGCCACCAGCUUCGAGUCCUGGUCCGAGGACCCGCGCUUCAGCGAGAAGAAGCAGAUCCCCUGCGUGGUCUCCAUGCUGACCAAGGAGCUCUAUUUCAACUGAGCGCCGCCAGCGCCGCCUCUUCAGGGCCGUCCACGCAGCAGUCCGAGAACCAUUCAGGGAUCAUUCCGGCCCGGCGGGAACAAGCGCUCCACUUUUCACAGCGCCUGUCCAGUGGGCCCGAAACGGAAUCUUUUUACACUGGCACUCCGCAUUCACGUGUUGAUAGUGAAACCUCUUCUUCCCCCCCCCCUCCCCCUCCAUCUUCUUCAGGUUUUUCUUCACAACAGUGGCGUCACGUUUGAUCGUAUCUUUGCCAGCAGGCAUCGUGAGAUAUGCAUGUUCUUCUACUCCCAUUUCACUUUUGUUGCCGCACUUGUCGCUGCCAUUUUCUUGUGCCCAUCGUCUGCGCAAAAUGACCACAAUGAGAGUGUGGUUUCAAUCCUGUUCAUGCGCUUGGCUAACAUUUUACGACCAAAAAAAAAAAAAAAAAAAA